AUGAAGGAACAAGUCUGGAGUGGUUUUCAGCUGGCUUGCGAGGGUCUCUACAUCGGGGGAGUUGUCAUCGCAUGCCGGGACGGAGUGCUGGAGGAAGAGGUGGUGGUGAUAAGAGAGGAGGAGGAGGAGGAGGUGGUGGUGAUAAGAGAGGAGGAGGAGGAGGUGGUGGUGGUGGUGGCCGGAGUUACGCACAUUCUUAACGUCACACCCAACGAAAAAAAUUUCUUUCCUGAUCGUUUCGUCUACAAGAGAAUUGCUGUCGACGACGAUAGCAAGGCGAAGUUAGACAAACACUUCAACGAGUGCUACUCUUUCAUCAACAAUGCAAUCCAGGGAGGCGGGAAGGUCUUCACGCACUGCAGCGCGGGAGUUUCACGAUCUUCUACUGUUGUCAUCUACUUCCUCAUGCGAUCCUAUAAGCUCUACACCGACUGCCAGUGA